AUGGAAAAUAAAUGCUGCUACUGUGGGAAAUUACUACCUGGAGGCGAUUAUAUGGAUGUUCCAAAAAAGGACACGCGACUACUCGAAAGAAUGGAAGCUGAAUUCGGUUUAUUAUUCACUGUUAGAUGCAAUUCACAAGGAAAUGCGAAAAUCUGCCGAAAACACUUCGAUGAACAAACCGCGAGUCCAGUAUUAGACGAGACGAUUCCGUGGAUUGAUUCAUCGUUAGCCGAUCAUGUAUAUUUUAGCACAAUUCCCGAAGAAAUAUAUAUCAAACAAGAAGUCGAUGAGAAUCAAGCAUUUAUUGGAGAGAAACAUCCGUCGGAUAUGCCUGGAACAUCUUUCAAAGCAAAAUUGCCAGAUUGUUUCGUGGAAAAAGAAAAUGGGUUUCUAGAAUGCACGGUGUGCUCGAAAUUAUUCCGCAAAAAAUCAAUGACAGUAGAAAUGCUCAUUGAGCACAGUCGUCAUAAAGAGUUUCGAAGGGAAACUCGUGAGGAAGAGGAGGACGAAGAGGAAGAUAAUGAUGAAAAUGAAGAUGAUGAUGAGGAAGAGGAAGAGGAGGAUGAAGAGGAUGCUGAUGACGAGGAAUACACGAAUUCAACGGAGCCAAAAUUGACAGAUGAAGAAAUACAUGAUUUGACGACGAACUUGUGCCGAUUCUUUCUGCGAAAUGGUGUUCCAUUCUCGUCGGUCCGAGAUAAUAAUCUUGUGAAAGCCACAAAAUUUCUGAAUCCAAGUUAUCCGGUGCCAGACACGAAAAAAUUGAUGGACAUUGUCAGGGAGCUGAACGAUCAAUUCACUGAAUAUCCGAUAAUUCGCGAUGAGAAUGCGCCGAUAUCGCUGACCGUCGACUUUCAGCCCUACGAUGUUUAUUGUUUUUUAGCAAUAUCUGUUCAUUAUUACGUCGAUGAUGUACCGCAAUGCCAUUUGAUCCUCAAGAAGUACAUGAAUACUGAAUCAAAAUUGAGUAUUUUGAAACGAGCUAUAAAAGAUGAGCUCCCUGAACUUGCCGUUGGAAUAAGUAACAUCGUCGUGACGGAUCAAGAGCUUGAUGAUGAGUUUCGUGAGGCAAACUUGAUGAAAAAUGGAUUCGAGUGCAUUUUUACAAUUUUGUCAGGGUUCGCCGAUCGACUCAUGAAAAUUCCGCCAAUAAAAGAAAGUCUCGAAAAGCUGCGCGAAUUCAUUGGCAAAUUUCGCGAAAACCAAAAGUUGUGGCUGCUUUUUCGGACGUUUGUGAUGAAAAAACGAGGACUGUUGGAGUUUCCGACACUUGAUUCCGAUAAUUGGUACACUACAAUUGAAUUUCUCACAAAAUGCCUAGAUAUGCAUCGAGUUUUCUUCGAUUUCGUCGUUACUCAUAAAGUUGAUGGAUAUAUUACGGUAUCGGACCAUGGUGUUAUUGUAUAUUUACAUAGUCUACUAAUACGAUUAAAGGAGUUUAUCAAAAAGAUCUCUAAUAGCCAUAGCACUGUAGCCUUAUUAGUCACAACCCUUUUGGAUUUGAAGAAAUGCCUCGAAAACUUCAUAAAUGAGAAAAAGUCGGAGGUUAAUGACUCGGAGAUUUAUAAGCUCGCUUAUGAGCUUUUCAACGAGCAACUUCUGCCGUACAUCGAGGGCGACUCCAAAGAAUCGUAUAAUUUUGUAUGCUUUUUGAAUCCUCAUUUAAUGGCGUCGGCGAAAUUCAAAUCGAACACGAGAGGAGUUUGGCGAAGCGUCGCUGAUCGUUUAGUCGCUCGAAUUGUGGAUGUCGAGUUUGAAGGAAAAACGCCGACGAAAAUUGAGCGAGAGCACAAAAUGAGGGAAAUUGAUCGCGAAAUCACGAAAUACAGUAGUUUGAUUGACAAAUAUCAGCCAGUAAGCUCUCCGACGGCGUUUUGGCGAAAAUACGCAUCGAACUGCAAAAAAUUGGCAAAAUUCGCCAUUGAAUUAUUGUCGGCGCCAAUAUGUGUUAUCGAUGGCGAAAAUUACUUUGGGAACCAUGGAAAAUACCGACGAAUGCUGAUGGAGCUCGAUUUCGACGCUUCCAACGAUGUUCUACGACAUGUGUGUCAGUCUGAAUCGUUCAUCGGACGAGGCGCAUCGGAACCGCAAAUUCAGACGAUCAGUUGUCGAAAUCAAGCCAAUACCUAUUCGACGUUCAAAGCGCCACCAUGCUUCGCGAGAGAAGGCGGAGCUGAUGGAAAAACGCACACGAUUAUACCGAAACUGCGAACGAAUACUGAGGAGCCGAAAGAUUAUUUUAAGGCGUUGCUUAAACCAAUUUAUGAACCUUCCACAGAAUCGAAUUCGAGCAUUAAGACAGAACCGUUGGAUCUCGUCGCUGAACCCGAGCCCAUUUGUGCCGACAUCAAAAUGGAACCGGAGGAUCACGAGAUGGAACCGGUAUCUGCUCGCCAACUUGAACACGAUCCUGAGCCCGAAGCAUCCACGUCAGGCGUGUCGUCGUUGAGAAAGUCAGUUGUCGAAAAGUAUAUGGCAAGGGAUUCACUUGUCGAUCAACGAUUACAAUUGCCGACCAAAUCUGCUGCUCAUAGCAAAAUGCCGAAGCAUUUGAAAAUCGAAUCAAAGCCAUCUGCAUUUUAUACACCAAUUCGCACCCAAUUCCAAGAUGUUGGAUUUAUGCCGAAAAUCAAAAAGGCCAGGCCAACACAAAGGCUUAAAUGUGCAUAUUGCGGUGUAUGCGCCUUUAAAAGAUUCAUGGUGCAUGUGCCAAUUGAUAAUGAGACACGCGAAUUAUGGAUUUUGAAGCUUGGCGAGACAUUCAAAAAUAAUAUUUUGAAUAACUCGAGCUCUUGGAUUUGCCACAGUCAUUUCCCGAAGAAUCAGCAUCGGACGAGGUAUAGUUUACCGCUAUCAAUUAAAGAAAUGAAAAGUUUGUACAGCGAAGAGGAGGACAACGAAGCGAAUCCUUUAGAAGUGCCGAAUUUCUUCGAUGAGCUCCUCAAUCUGCCGUGCACAUAUUGCGGAUCAAUACGGCCCGCGCGUCAACUUGUCGAAGUGCCGAAAGAUGACGUAUCGCGACAGGCAUGGAUAAUGAGGCUUGGAGACGCGUUCCGCCGGAAUGUUGCCAAUUCAGCGGAUCCGCGAAUAUGUAGAUCACACUUCGCGAAAAAUGAAAUGCGAUCUAGGAAUAAUGUGCCGGUUGCUGAUUUUAUCCAUAUAUCGGGCGAACCUGGCAAAACGGGUGUACAAUCAAAUGGUUUAAAUGCACAAUUACGGGUUUAA